AUGUCCACGACGGUCGCCGCGGCGGUCGUGCCGAUCUCGUAUCGUCGUCCGAUCUUUCGACGCCGGGUCGGUCCCGGGCGUUCCGCUCGAGGAAGGGACGGUGCGUCUCGUCUCGCCGCCGCCGCCGACACCGAGCAGGCGGGGCUGGACGAUGCGGUUGCCAAACUCCUGAGCUGGGCGGAGUCGGACUCGCUGAGACUCAGCGACAAGGUGACAGUCGGUGCCGCGUAUCCCGGAGGACCGCGCGGCUUGCUCGCAACGCGGGACAUUGAGCCGGGCGAAGAGGUCAUCUCGCUGCCGACAUCGUGCACCGCCUUCGAUGCCGACUACGCAUCCGCGGACGAAAUCUUUGGCCUGCGCGACGCCAUCGCCGCGUACGAAUCCAGCCCGAGCAGGGGCGGCGACGUCACCCCGGAGGUUUCUCUCGCGCUCCUCAUCGCGCUCGCGCGGCGCCAUCCCGAGCGCACUCCGUUCGGCCCGUACGCUGCCGCGCUGCCCGCGGACCCGCCCCCGUCGCCCAUCUUCUUUCCCGACGAGAAGCUCGAGGCCCUGCUGCCUUACCUGCCGCUGAGCCUCGUCGACGACAUCGACGCCGCGAGGCAGGAGAUGUACACGCUCUGGGACGUCGCGACGGCGGUGAUGGAACGCGUGAAGGUUGACGGCGAGCCCGCGGCGGCGCUCGGCUUGGACGAGUUUGCGUGGGCGUGGAUGAUGAUCCGGUCGCGCGCGGUGACCUUUCGCGUGAGGCGGGCCGAAAGCGGCGGAGACGGGGUGGACGCGCGGCGGUGCAUGGUGCCCGUGGUGGACAUCAUGAACCACGAGUGCUCGCCGGUGAAGGACCGGUGGCGCAACGCCCCGUUUCACAGGGGCCCCGCCGUCGAGCUCGAGGCUGGCGACGGAGCCGUCGCGUGGAGAGCCACCAGGGAGAUAUACGCGGGGGAGGAGGUUUCGUGGACGUACGGGAACCUGUCCAACGAGGCGCUCUGGCUGUGGUACGGGUUCGUCCCGGAACCACCGUCGCACGGGGGGUGCGUGGUCUCCUUUCAGCUGCCGGAGUCAUCGCUGAGGGGCGGUCUGGCAUCGGUGGCGAAGGGGGACUCGGCGGAAUCAGCCGUCGCUCGAGAGGAUCUCCUCGUCAGAUCCGGAGCGUUCGACGCGCGUAACGGGGCCGGGACCGAGCGAGGGACCGAGCGCGAGCUUCACUUCGAGGUGAAGGUUGGCGAGCGCCCGAAGGUCCUGGCCGGGAUAGCCGGCCUGAUGUGCUGCUCGGAGGAGGAGGUGCUCGCGAUAAAGAGGGCGCUGAUGUCGUUUGGCGGUUGCGUCAUGGACGAGGAGGAGGAGGAGGACGAGGGCGCCGUCGCGUUCGUGGACAUGAGCGGACGGCUCAAGGUCCGGCUGUGUCAGGAGAGUCGGCGACGCGCGGGUAGGUACGUCGCGUUCAUCCUCGACCAGGUUGAGCCGAUGGCGUGCGGCCCCUCGGGUGACGACCUACUCAGCCUGGACACCGUCAAGCCGGACGCGGUGGACGCGGACGCGUGGUGGGCGACGGUUCGGUUGCGAACGGCCGCGAAAGAGGUGUUCGCCAUCACGAACGUGACGCUGGAGGAGGAAGCGAUAAAGAGGGACGGCGGGUGGAUAGACGAAGCAGUCGCUAGCAUACUAAACAUCUACUGAUACGAAGGU